AUGCACACUGGAGAUGAAUCGAGCAAUUCUGAAGUCUGUGAGGAAUCCUUAAAUUUGUGUUCCAGCAUUGAGUGUUGCCAGUGUAAUGCUUUUGGCAAUAUUCUUCAUGACCCCUCCACAUGUGCACUUUAUAGAACAAGUGAAACUACACAAAACUCUAACAACUACAGAUGCAGUAACCACAGGGAUGCCUCUCUUGACUCAUCAAACCCAGAGAGACAUGAAAGCAUACACACUGGAGAUGAAUCGUGCAAUUCUGAUGUCUGUGAGGAAUCCUUAAAUUUGUGUUCCAGCAUUACUCAAGUUCAGGGACUCUAUGCUGCAAGGGAACGGGAUACCCAGGGAGAAUAUGAUGAACGUCUUGACACUACAUAUACUCUUUUGCAACAACCAAACUACACUGGAGAGAAACGAUACCAGUGUGGGAAAUGCAGGAAAUCCUUCAGUACUGCCUCGUAUCUCACUGUGCAUCAGAGAGUUCACACAGGAGAGAAGCCUUACACAUGUAAAUACUGUAACAAAUCCUUUACUGGGAAGUCAAGUCUUAAAAUACAUGAGAGAAUCCAUACUGGAGAGAAGCCCUACAAAUGUAAGUAUUGUGACAAAUCCUUCACCUCGUUGCCAAAUGUUACAGUGCAUCAGAGAAUACAUACAGGAGAGAAGCCCUAUAAAUGUAAGUACUGUGACAAAUCUUUUGCUGUGAAUGCAAAACUUAAAGAGCAUCAAAGAAUUCAUACAGGAGAAAAGCCUUACACAUGUAAGGACUGUAACAGAUCCUUUGCUGCAAGGACAACUCUUAUAGAUCAUCAAAGAAUUCACACAGGAGAAAAGCCUUACACAUGUAAGGACUGUAACAGAUCGUUUGCUGCAAGGACAACUCUUAUAGAUCAUCAAAGAAUUCACACAGGAGAAAAGCCUUACACAUGUAAGGACUGUAACAGAUCCUUUGCUGCAAGGUCAACUCUUAUAGAUCAUCAAAGAAUUCACACAGGAGAAAAACCUUACACAUGUAAUUACUGUGAUAAAUCCUUUACUGUGAAGUCAACUCUUACAGGGCAUCAGAGACUCCACACUGGAGAGAAGCCUUACAAAUGCCAGGACUGUGGCAAAUCAUUUCCAACACGCACACAUCUUAGAAGUCAUCAGAAAACUUAUACUGGAGAGAAUUCUUAUACUUGUGGGGAUUGUGGCAAAUCUUUUCCUGCAUGUUCAUUUCUUGGAACACGGAAGGAAAUUCAUACAGGAGAGAAGCCUUACAAAUGCCAAGAAUGUGGCAAAUCGUUGGCAAUCCGCAAAUAUCUUAGAGGAAAUCAUAAAAUUCAUACUGGAGAGAAAUCUUAUACAUGUGGGAAAUGUGGCAAAUCUUUUACUACAUACUCAUAUCUUAGAAUACAUCAGAAAAUCCACACAGGAGAGAAGCCUUACAAAUGCCAGGAAUGUGGCAAAUCAUUUAAAACAUGGAAAUAUGUUAGAAAACAUCAGAAAAUUCAUACUGUUGAGAAAUCUUAUACAUGUGAGGAAUGUGGCAAAUCUUUUGCUAUAUGCUCUUAUCUUACAAGGCAUCAGAGAAUGCAUAUGGGAGAGAAACCUUACAAAUGUGGAGAAUGUGACAUGGCCUUUGUCCAGAGAUUUAAUCUUAGAAGACAUCAGAGAAUCCAUACUGGAAAUAUCAGUAAAAAAAAAAAAUGUCUGUGA